AUGGCAGUGUUCCCCCAGCAAGCCGGCGGCCGUCUGCAGGAGACCUUCUGGGCGGGCACUAUCCUACCAGUCGUGGGCGAAAAUGGGGCGGUGUCGGGCUUUUACAACAGGGGCAUUGACAUCACGAGUGAGACCGUGAAAGGUCGCAGGUCCAAUACCCUCUAUUCGAUUGCUUCGCCUUCAAGUGAACAGGACGAUUCUAUAUGGGAGCAUGUCUUUCGAUCUCUACGAGGCAACAUGCAAGAUUUGCCCAUGGCUUUUGCCUACUCUGCUGAUGAUGAGCUGGUUUCAUGUAAAUUGAUACUUCAGCAGUCGAUCGGGUUACCGCCUGAUGGACACUGUCUUGUACCACCUGAACUUGAUGUUUUUGAUGGUUCCACAGGCCUUCCACCACUUUAUCGGAAAGUUAGAGCCUUGCACCAACCUUUAGUCCUUCGCAAGACCGAUGGAACCCUACCAAAUGAUCUGAUGAAGGAUUUUAUCUAG